AUGAAGAGGGAUGUAGCAGACUGGGUUGCGAAGUGCAACACUUGUGCCUUGGUGAAGGCAGAGCAUCAGGUUCCGGGUGGUCUUUUGCAGAGUUUACCCAUUCCAGAGUGGAAGUGGGACAGGAUUACGAUGGAUUUCGUGGUUGGACUACCUGUUUCGAGGACUUUCGAUGCUAUCUGGGUGAUUGUGGAUCGGUUGACUAAGUCUGCACAUUUCUUGGCCAUCAAGAAGACAGAUGGAGCUGCUGUCUUGGCUAGGAAGUUUGUGCGAGAGAUUGUGAGGCUGCAUGGAGUGCCAGCUAGUAUUGUGUCAGACCGUGAUCCCAGAUUCACUUCAGAGUUUUGGAGGGCGUUUCAGGCAGAGAUGGGCACUAAGGUGCAUCUGAGUACAGCUUAUCAUCCGCAGACAGAUGGUCAGUCAGAGAGGACUAUUCAGACUUUGGAGGAUUUGCUGAGGAUGUGUGUGUUGGAUUGGGGUGGCCAUUGGGCAGAUCACCUGAGCUUAGUUGAGUUUGCAUACAACAACAGCUUUCAGGCGAGUAUUGGCAUGGCUCCAUUUGAGGCUUUGUAUGGGAGGCCAUGUAGGACACCCCUAUGCUGGACCCAAGUGGGGGAGCGCAGCAUGUAUGGAGCUACUUAUGUUCAGGAGACGACAGAGAAGGUUCGUGUUGUGAGGCUGAACAUGAAGGAGGCUCAGGAUAGGCAGAAGAGUUAUGCAGAUAGACGCAGACGAGAGCUUGAGUUUCAGGUUGGAGAUAGAGUUUAUCUCAAGAUGGCUAUGUUGAGGGGUCCUAACAGAUCCAUAGCAGAGAACAAGCUGAGUCCGCGAUUUAUGGGUCCGUUUCCAGUAGUGGAGCGAGUUGGGCCAUUGGCUUACAGGCUGGAGUUGCCUGAGAUUAUGAAAGCCUUUCACAAGGUUUUUCAUGUGUCGAUGCUGAGGAAGUGUCUUCACCCUACAGAGGAGUUAGUGGCUAGGAUUCCAGAGGAUCUUCAGCCAGAUUUGACAGUGCCGGCAGUGCCUAUGAGGAUUUUAGAGAGGAGGGAAAAGGUUCUGAGGAACAAGAGGAUUCCCUUACUGAGGAUUUUGUGGGAUUGCAGUGGUUCUACAGAGGAGACUUGGGAGCCAGAGGCAAAGAUGAAGUUGAAGUUCAGGAAGUGGUUCGACAAGCAGGUCGAGGAGUGA